AUGUAAUAAGAAGCAGAUUAUAAUUAAGAUGAAAAAUAAGUAUACCUGUUGAGGUAGCAAAUGAUUUGCUACAAGCAAGUUUAAAGAAAUAACCAGAUUGAAAAUGAAAAAUAAAUGUUCCCUUACCCUAAAGAGUAGUGGGAAGUAGAAAGGGAAAAGAUAUUCUAAAAUUCCAUUCGCUAUUUUCAUGAUAAAAUUGAUAAAAAUGAGGAACUGAAAUCCAUAUUCAGAGACCGCUAUCCAAAACUUAAAUUGGAUCUGAAUUAAGAUGAUACAACUAUAUUUAGUGAUCGAAUGUAAGGAUAUGUGGAGAAGAGGAAGUAGGACAUAGAGUAGGAGCUAAAGAAAACUCACUAAAAUGACCCUAAAUAUUUGACCUUAAAAAUUGAGUUGCUCUUUAUCAAUUCUAAGGAAUUUUAUCUCAAAAUGAAAGAGGCCAUUAUUAAUCCACUUCUACAAGAGGAAAACCAGACUGUUCUGCAAUCUAGAAUGUUAGAGAGGUUGUUACUUGAUAGAAAUUAUUUUAAAAGGGAUAAACCGUCAAGAAGGCCAGAAAAUAAACUAUCUGACAAAUUUGAAUUAAGCAUGAUAAAACAUGAACAAGCAAGAAGGAAGAAGAUCAAAUAAAAGGAAUUUAUGCAAGCAAUAUUUGCACAUCAAAUUGAAUUUAUGGAGUUCCAUAGAAAGAAAUAUAAACAUGCUAGAAAGCGUAGUGUUUAAUUUAAGGUUGUUUUGGAGUAGAAGGAUCAAAAACAAUAGCAGAUUGAUAAGUAAAUGAGAAUGAAGGACAUCAAAUAAGGUGAUAUGGUGACUUAUAUCUAAAAAUUGGAAAAACUUGAUGAAGCAAAAAAGGAAAGAGUUGUAUCUAUUUUAAGAUAAACAGAUCAAUUUUUAAAAGAUAUAGGAGCCAAGGUCAAGAUAUAGAAAGGGGAAGAGAAAAAUGAAGAGGAUGAAGUUGUAGAUAACAACAAUGCUAGUAAUAAUUUGGGUUAUGAACUCAAUUAAGCAAACAAAGUAUAUUACAAUAUUACUCAUCGUAUUAAAGAAGUUGUGACUAAAUAGCCUAUGUUAUUGGAAGGAGGAUAGUUGAAACAGUAUUAAGUUUAGGGAUUGGAUUGGCUAGUGAGUUUAUACAAUAAUAGUUUAAACGGCAUACUAGCAGAUGAAAUGGGUUUGGGUAAGACCAUUUAAACAAUCUCUUUGUUAUGUUAUUUGAUAGAGACCAAGAAAAACUUUGGUCCUUUCUUUAUCAUAGUCCCAUUGUCAACUUUAAGUAAUUGGGCUAAUGAGUUUGAAAAAUGGGCUCCCUCUAUUAAGAAAGUAAUCUAUAAAGGUUCACCUUAAGUUAGAAAGGAGAUAUCUAAGCAAAUGAGAACAACGAUAUGGAACAUUUGUCUUACCACAUACGAAUAUGUAUUAAAAGAUAGAUUAGCCUUGGCAAAAUAUGAAUGGAAGUACAUUAUAGUGGAUGAAGGACACAGGAUGAAAAAUUCCAGAAGCAAAUUUGCUAUGAUUUUAGGUUAGUAAUAUCAAAGUGAGAGGAGAUUGCUAUUAACAGGAACACCUUUAUAGAACAAUAUAGCAGAAUUAUGGGCUUUGUUGAAUUUCUUAUUACCAAAAGUGUUUUCAUCAUGCGAUGAUUUUGAGAAGUGGUUUUAGAUGCCUUUAAGUAAGAUGGGAGUUAAUGAGAAGGAUUGUUAAUUGGAUGAAGAAGAAUAAUUGUUGAUCAUCAACAGAUUACAUUAAGUACUUCGACCUUUUCUAUUGAGAAGAGUUAAAAAGGAUGUGGAGAAAGAGUUACCACGAAAGACAGAGUAUGUUAUUAAGAUAAAACUAUCAGCUUGGUAAAAGAAGAUUUAUGACUAAAUCAAUUAAAGAGGAGUAAUGACUUUUGAUUAAUAAUCUGGAAAAAGUGGAUCAUAAGCUUUACAAAAUUUAAUGAUGUAAUUGAGAAAAAUAUGCAAUCAUCCUUAUUUAUUCAUGUUGAAUCUGGAUAUGAACAGAAUUACAGAUGAAAUAUGGAGAUCAAGUGGCAAGUUUGAAUUAUUAGAUAGGAUAAUUCCUAAAUUAUUGUACUUUAAACAUAGAUUAUUGAUUUUCAGUUAAAUGACAUAAUUGAUGGAUAUAAUGGAGGCAUACUUUGAAUACAGAGGUUGGAGAUAUUUACGAUUGGAUGGAUCAACAAAAUCAGAGGAUAGGGAAACUAGAAUUAAGUUAUUCAAUUAAGAAAAUUCAAUAUAUAACAUCUUUCUUUUGAGUACCAGGGCAGGUGGAUUAGGAUUAAAUUUAUAAUCAGCUGACACUGUCGUAUUGUUUGAUAGUGAUUGGAAUCCAAUGAUGGAUCUAUAGGCCUAAGAUAGAGCAUAUAGAAUCGGAUAAAAAAACGAAGUUAGAGUCCUAAGAUUGAUAACUGCGACUUAAAUAGAGGGUAAUAUUCUAAGCAAGGCAGAACAUAAGAUGGGUUUGGAUGCAAUUAUUAUAUAGGCUGGUUUAUAUAAUCAGAGAUCUACAGAUUAGGAAAGAAGAGAAAGAUUGUAAGAUUUCUUUAGAUAGAAAAAUAAGGUUGAUCUUUUUGAGGCUGAAGAUAUACCAGAUGACACUUAAAUUAAUGAAUGGAUAGCAAGAAGCGAAGAGGAAUUUGAGACUUUUAAUGAAUUAGAUAGAUAACGAUAUGAGGAGGAGAAAUUAAUCUACAAGAACUUCAAUCAAAAUAGAGAUGAUCAAUAUUUUAACUAUAGAUUAAUUCAAGAUGAUGAAGUACCUGAAUGGAUUACUUCAAAAUAGAAUGAAGUAUAGGAAGUAAAGGAGUAUGGACGAGGGUAAAGAGAGAGAAAAAAGAAUGUUGUUUAUUUUGAUUCAGAAUCAGAUUUUUUGCAAGAUGGCAAAGAGUUGGAUGCAAAUGACUUGGAUUUGAAAAUUGACGAUCAAAUUGAUAUAGAAUAACAAUAAAAUGAUGUAUUUUAAGAAGAUGAAGAGAUCCCUAGAGAAGAUAAAAAAUUAAAAAAAUUGAGAUUUAUUGACAUUGCUGACAAUUAAGAGAUUGUAGAUGAACUUGCAGAACCAAUAAUUAAAAGUAAACGAAAACUUAAUUGA